AAAAAGCCGUGACCAAGUGAGCAGAGGACACUCGGGCACCCAGCUGGAACCCAGGGAGGAGCCCAAGCCCAGAGCCAUGCCAGGGCUGUCCCCUGCCCUCCGACUGCUCCAAGCCCCACUGGGGUGCCGGGUGCUUCCCAAGGUGUACAUCUCCGGCAAGCCGGCCAGGACGCCCACCUCUCCUGCGGAGCAGGCCGUAGGCAUCUCGGUGCUGUUCACCAGCUUCCUGGCUCCUGCAGGCUGGGUCCUGCACCACCUGGAUCACUACAAGAAGGGUUCUGGAGCAUGACAGCCCCGUGGCACCCCCCCCACAGGACGCGGGGCCCCUAUUAAACCUCUCCGCACCUCA